AGUUUCUCAUAGACUUUCAUAUAGCGCACAUCUUCUAAUCAACAUUCCGUUUCAGUUUAUUUUCAUUUUGUUUUUCAACUUUUUAUAUCUUGUAAAUUUUAAUACUGAUAGAAUGAUGAGCAAGGAUAUUCCACAAGGGUCUGAUUUUACGUUUGAAAAUCUUCCUUAUUGUGUUUUUACAACAUCUGAUCUUGCUAUUCAUAGAAUCGGAGUGGGAAUUGGAGACAGAAUUUUAGAUUUAAGCGCUGUUGCCAAUUUUUAUCCUAAACAUCUUCAAGAUGCAUUAAGUGCAACAAAAUUGAAUCUUCUUAUGUCACUUGGAUAUGAAGCUUGGAAUGAAGUUCGCAAUGUAACAAAGCAGAUCCUGAAUCUUGGCUCUUCAACAAAUUUCGAUCCGAAUGUCCAAAAAGCAUUAGUUGAACAAUCCAAAGCAACUUUUCAUUUACCUGCUGAUAUUGGAGAUUAUACCGAUUUUUAUUCAUCCAUUCAUCAUGCAACAAACGUUGGUGUGAUGUUCAGAGGAAAAGAAAAUGCUUUAAUGCCAAACUGGAAAUAUCUUCCAGUUGGUUACCACGGCCGUUCAAGUUCUGUCGUUGUGUCUGGUACACCAAUUUAUCGUCCUUAUGGUCAAACCAUUCCUGUUGAUGAAGCUCAACCAGUUUUUGGUCCAUGUCGCUUGUUUGACUUUGAACUUGAAGUUGGAUUCUUUAUCGGAGGACCGCCAACAAAAUUGGGUGAACGAGUGACAACACAAGAAGCAGCAAAGCGUGUCUUUGGAUUUGUCUUAAUGAAUGAUUGGAGUGCUCGUGACAUUCAAAAGUGGGAGUAUGUACCAUUAGGGCCAUUCACAGCCAAGAAUCUUGGAACAUCAAUUUCACCAUGGAUUAUUCCAACCGCAGCAUUAGAGCCGUUUAAAGUCGACAACUUUCCUCAGGAUCCAAAACCUUUUCCAUAUCUUCAACAUGAUGAGAAAUUCAAUUUUGAUAUUAAUCUCACAGUGGAAAUUAAGCCUGAAAACGGAGCGCCUGUCGUUGUGUCUCGUUCAAAUUAUCGUAACUUGUAUUGGACAGCAUUGCAACAAAUUGCCCAUCACACAGUUACUGGUUGUAACUUGAAGCCAGGUGACUUAAUGGCAUCUGGAACAAUAAGCGGGGAAUCUCCCGAAUCAUAUGGAUCAAUGCUAGAAUUGAGUUGGAAGGGAACAAAAAUUAUCAAAAUCGGUGAAGGUGAAGAACGAAAAUUCUUGAAGGAUGGAGAUGAAGUCAUAAUUCGAGGUUUCUGCCAAAAUGGACAUUCUCGUGUUGGCUUUGGAUCGUGCAGUGGAAAAGUUUUGCCAGCAAUUCCAUUUGAAGAUUAAAAUAAAAAUUUAUUGAUUGUGUAAAUACAAACAAAAUUUUUUUUUUAUACAUUUUUGUUAUUACCUAUAACUAUUGAAAUAAAAGUCAGUAUCAAAUAUCAA